GUGCAAAGCUUUAUGCGUGGUUGGCUGUGCCGUAGGAAGUGGAAGCUGAUAGUUCAGGACUACAUCUGUUCUCCCCAUGCUGAGAGCAUGAGGAAGAGGAACCAGAUCGUCUUUAACAUGGUGGAGGCUGAGACAGAGUACGCACCUAAAACCACUCACACAGAGACUAUUGACUGAUUGAUUGAUUGUUGAUUGGUUGAUUGGUUUAUUGAUUGAGCGGCUGAUUUAUUGAUUGAUUGAUUGAAUGAAUGAUUGAAUUGAAUGGUUUACUGUUGUUAUUUAUUCGAACCCAGCACCAACACACCUGACUACACUAAUAGUGUGAUUAGACCACAAGUCGUGUAUUCCGGUGUGUUAUUGCUGGGCUGGAACAAAUUCUGCAUCCUACACUCUUAGAAAGAAAGGUUCCAAAAGUGUUCUGCGGCUGUCCCCAUAGGAGAACCAUUUUAGGUUCCAGGUAGAAUCCUUUUUGGUUCCAGGUAGAUCUCCUCUGUGUAAAGGGUUCUACACGGAACCCAAAAGGGUUCUACCUGGAAGCAAAAGGGGUUCUUCAAAUGGCUUCUCCUAUGGGUACAGGUCUAGAUAGCACCUUUUUAUUCUAAGCGUGUAGUGUCUGAUCCUUGUUGGUUGGGUCCUAGUGUUAGUUUGAUCCUUGUUGAUCUAAUCCUAGGUAUGUCCACCAGCUGUCUAUCCUGGUUAACUGUUUCCUGAGACCUCUCCGUAUGGCUGCCAGCUCCAAGAAACCUCCCAUCAGUCACGAUGAUGUCAGCAGUGUGUUCCUCAACAGGUACAUCACAUGCAUGCACACACACACACACACACACACACACACAUACAGAAACCUGUUUGAUAUUCUGUUUUUUAUUUAUUUUAUAUCCAGUGAGACCAUCAUGUUUCUACAUGAGAUUUUCCACCAAGGACUCAAAGCCCGGAUAGCGAACUGGCCUACACUGGUGUUGGGUAAGUUGUCAUUACACACACGCCAAAACGCAUGCACACACGCAUAGAUGCACCCAUGCACUCGCACACACACACAGCAGAAACGUAACACCAUCAGACCCACACAACAGUCGCAUACACCAUCCAAACCACACACACACCAAGGUUAUAAUAGUUUUGUGUUUUUAUAUUAGUUUUUAUUUCUAUUAGUUUUAAGAUUUUUAUUUAAAAUCAGUUUAGUUGCAGUUACUUUUCAAAUCCACUUUACUCGUUUUUAUUUAGUUUAAGUUUUAUAAAAACGUUUCUAUUUCGUUUUUAUAUUAUUUCGUUUCAGUUUUAGUGUUAGGGACAGAAAGUAGUAUGUGUGGGAGGCUAGGAGCCUUUUAUGUGUUGUAUAGUUUUUGUGUUUUUGGAGAUGUCACUUCUUGCCACUGUGGGCAGUAAUGCAUAAGGUGAUGUGUCAGGUCAUAGGUUAGGUUAGGUUUAGGGAUGGAUCGAAAUUUACAGAAGGGUUACCUGGAGGAAAAUGGGGGUGGGUCAUGCUUUUUUCAAUUUCAAUCAAGGGGAGUGUUUAGCAUUUAAAAAAUAUUGUCCAGGGAAGGGUCAUGUAAUUUGUAAUGAAUGAAAUUUCAGUAUUUCUCAGUGUUUUAGAAUUAGUUGCUUUUUAGGAUAUAUAUCGAUGUGUGCCUGAUGCCACCCCUCAUCUCUGAUUCUCCGCUGGACGCGCAAUAUCAAGUGCUCCUAUAGACUAUUUAGUGUGGUCUCAAUCAAAUUAUCCAUAUGCUAUAGGCUAUGAAGUGCAUGCUCGGAGAAGCACAGAGCAAAGUUAUAUAUCUAAGAUAGCAGCUGGGAUGGUGUAAAUAACAUUAGGCUGCAUUAUACACUGCAAUGGAUGUUCCAACCCUGAGCCCCGGCCUGCUCUGCUCUUGCUGAUCAAAAACGUUUUUGUGUGCUGCCUAACCAAUGGCUGUGCUGUGUAGGCUUACAGUGGCAGUUCAGGAGGAGAGUCAAAGACUUCUUCUGAAAAAUGUUUUUGAUUAGACCUUGCGUGCGGGCAAUAGCCUAUGUUCUGUUCAGUUUGAGGAGAGUGCGAAGAUGAGAAGGAGGACCGGACCGCAGGUCAACUUUAAUAGCUUGCUACUACUAUAACUGAUUUAAUUAAAAACAAUAUGUUUCUUGCCCAUGAUGUAUUUAACAGAGUUAUUGACCUCACAAUAAAACAGAUUUUAGUAAUUUACAUUGUGGUGCUGAAACUUGAAGUAGCAGCCGCGGCACAAUCAAUCGGAAAUGGACAGCUCAUGGUGCUGAAAGUGGGCAAAUUUGAGUAGGCAUAAUUCAUUUCAACCGUCAACAUUUUGUUUAGACUUUACCUAACAACAAGAGGGCUUAUUGCUAUUUAAGCAAUAAGAGGUAGGCCUACCUGUUUGGCAGACGAAAUUAGGCUAUAGGCUGCUAUAUCCAUAGAUUUCCUCCACCCACCAUGCAGUCUUUGAAUAGCCUACCUCUGUGUUACUGAAGGACUGUUAACUUAAAACCAAGACUCAAAUUGAGGGGGUAUGAGAGGGUAUGCCAUAGGCCUACCUUUUAUUAAAGAAAAUGGCAAAAAGCACCAGCCUACCCCUUGUUAGCUUAAGAUUUGGAAGAAUAUUAAAAUAGCUUUAUGCUAGAAACAAGCUGUAGAAUACCCAGGAAAGACUCUGAUGCAUAUGGGAUAUCAUUGUUUCGUUUCUUUGACAUUCAGAGGCUGAGCUACAACCUUUAUAGCCGAGGAGACAAAACAUGUGCUUUGCUUGGGAAGUAAUCUAAUUCUGUCACUAUGAAUUGAUUAAGCUAUUAACUUUCUGUUCAAUAGAAGAUGUUUAAAAACAGAAGGCUUUUAGGGAAACACUUGUGAGCUUCUCUCGUUGGGUUAAGCUACAGAAGAAGAGUAGCCAACAGUUAAAGCUUACAUUUUUCUGCGUCGUUAGGCCUACUCUGUUUGGGGUGGAAAAGUAGGUAUAUCUUUUGAAAGUGCCAUGCUCAGAUUCCUAAUGACUUCUCAGUGCAACGUAGACGCAGGGAGUCAGGAAGCAGGUGCAGUUAGUGAGUUUAAUAAUAACGAACAUGGAGCGAUACAAAACAAGAGAAGCGUCUGACAUAGAACAUAAACAAUAUUACCUGAUGACUGAUAACAAAAGAGUGCUAUAUAAAGGGUAAAAAGGGGUGUAAUGAAGUCCAGGUGUGACUGAUGAUGAGACGCAGGUGUGCAUAAUUAUGGUUGCCAGGUGUGCGUGAAGAUGGGUUUCCAGGACCGAUGGUUAGUAGACCGGUGACGUCGAGCGCUGGAGUGGGGGAGCGGGGGUGGGAGUGGAAGUGACAGGUGUGGUUUCCCUCUCCAGGGCCUGGCGAAUGUCCACAUCUACGUCCGAGAGCAUGGGGGCUAUGACUGGAGAGGGUGGGAUUAUGGGUGCACUCAAGACAGGAACCUCUCCCGAUCGUAGAGACGGGACAGGGCAUCGGCUUUGAUGUUUUUUUAACCAUGGGUGAUAUGUCAGCGUGAAAUUGAAUCUGGUGAAGAAAAGGGCCCACCUGGCUUGGCGUGGGUUCAGUCGCCUCGCUGUUCAUUUGGUACUUCAGGUUCCAAUGGUCAGUGAGGAUGAGCAAUGGGUCCUGGGCGCGCUCCAGCCAGUGUCUCCACUCCUCUAAUACCAACUUCACCGCCAGGAGCUCCCGAUCGCCAACAUCAUAGUUCCUCUCUGCAGGAGACAGCGUUUUUUGAGUAAUAUGCACAUGUAUACAAUUUCGGUGGAUUACCUUGACGUUGGAACAGGACAGCCCCCACACCUACUUCUGAAGUGUCCACCUCCACUACGAAGGGCAGCAUAGGAUCUGGAUGUUUAAGCAAUGGGGCAGAGGUGAAACGAGCCUUCAGUAGGCGGAAGGCUUCGUCAGCUGCAGAAUUCCAUCCUAACUUCCGGGGACCACCCUUGAGGAGAGAAGUGAGAGGAGAGGCGAUCGAGCUAAAGUUCUUAAUGAAUCGGCGGUAGAAGUUGGCAAAUCCCCAAAACCGUUGUAACCCCUUUAUGGUGGUUGGGACUGGCCAUAACCUGACAGCAUCCACCUUCCUCUCAUCCAUCAUGACUCGUGGCGGGCCGAUCUGGUAAACCAAAAAGGAGACCUCCUGAUGGAAUUGGCACUUCUCCGCCUUGACGUACAGGUGGUUGGCCAGGAGGCAUUCCAGGACUACUCGUGAGCGAUGUGCUCCUCCAAGGUAGCCGAGUAGACCAGGAUGUCUUCGAUAUACACUACCGGUCAAAAGUUUUAAAACACCUACUCAUUCAAGGGUUUGUCUUUAUUUGUACUAUUUUCUACAUUGUAGAAUAAUAGUGAAGACAUCAAAACUAUUAAAUAACACAUAUGGAAUCAUGUAGUAACAAAAAAAGUGUAAAAUGAAUCCAAAUAUAUUUUAUAUUUGAGAUUCUUCAAAUAGCCACACUUUGCCUUGAUGACAGCUUUGCACACUCUUGGCACGCCAACUCCAUCUGGAUCUCUUCACACAAUCCUCUUCUGAAUAGGGUGCGGAGCGCAGGCUCAUUCCAUCUGCUGGAUGCUGCCACUGUCCGAAAGGUGAGCGCGUACUCAGCUGUGGUCUGGCCAUCCUGCCGUAGUUGGAGUAGGCACUCUGGUCGAAGACCCCCCUGAACAGAGCCUCAAAGGAACCCAGCUCUUCCUCUCCUCUCUCCCAGAUGGCCGUGGCCCACUCCAGCGCCCUUCCAGUCAGCAGAGAAAUAACCGUGGCAACCAUGGACCUCUAGGUAAUAGAGGGAGCACUGGAGUAGGCUGGGGUACUGGCUCGCUGGGUCGACUUGUGGUAGAGAAUCCUCCGCUGUUUGGAGAUGACGCCCCUUGAGUAAUGUCGACUCGUUGAAGAACACGGAGGACCUCAUCUAUAGCCGUCCCCAAAUGAGCCAGCUGGUGUUGACGAAGUACACAUGGAUACAAUUUCUGUGGAUUACCUUGACGUUGGGACAGGACAGCCCCCACACCUACAAACAGACAGACAGACAGACAGACAGACAGACAGACAGACAGACAUACAUACAUACAUACAUACAUAUCCACAGACAGGCAGACAUGUAAACUCAGAGACAGACAGGGAGGCAGACAUACAGACAAACUCUAAACUCAACCCUAGCUUCAUGUCCACAUGCCAGCCUAACCCUAACCCUUCCACAUCUUGGCUCAGCUCUUUGAGUUAGGGUUGAGCCGGGAUGUAGACAAGAAGUUAGGGUUAGGGUUACGGUUGAGCUGGGAGUGGACAUAGGGUUAGUGUUACAUCAUUUAGCAGACGCUCUUAUCCAGAGCGAUUUACAGCAGACAUUAGGGUUAAGUGCCUUGCUCAGGGCACAUCGACAGUUUUUUCACCUAGUCGGCUCGAGGAUUCAAACCAGUGAUCUUUCUGUUUCUCGCCCAAUGCUCUUAACCUCUAGGCUAUCUGCUGUCUGGUUAUGGCCUCAACCCUAGGACAUAACCCUAACCUUAAUCCAAUUGAUAGUUAAUUCAUUUACCCCUCCCCCCACUACAUCGCAGAAAGGUGGGCCUCAUUUGAAGCCUAACCUAGUUAAUGUGCUUUUGAGUGACAUUGGCGGAAGGGUUGAGCCAAGAUGUGGUGAUGAAGCGAGGGUUAGGGUCAGGUUUAGAGUUAGGGUAGGGCCGGAAGUUGAUAUGACGCUAGGGUUAGGGUUAGGGUUGAGGCUAGGUUUAGGCUUGAGCCGGGAUGUGGACAUGAAGUUGGGGCCUCAACUCUAGACACAUUAAUUUUGCCCCUCCCCCUACUACAUGGCAGAAAGGUAGGCUGACCUAGAGUUAGUGUGCUUUUGAGUGACAUUGGCAAGAUUCACGCAUGGGAUCGUUCAACAGACUCUCCCGAUCAAUGCAAGCCUACAUCUGACCAUGUGAAAUUAACUAUUCAGAGUGAAAACUUGGUCCCACAGAGAACAAGGCUUUUUUUCCAUAGAAAAGCAUUACCUACAGCCCUCACAUAACCAUGACGCCCCCGUUGACUGCGAUUGAGCUAGCUAACCGUCCUUGCCCACAACCAAUCGUGACUUUAUAGGGAUGCCCUGUGUUGAGGUUCAGUUUCCUUUGGCAACAGGAAGUGUGUUAAUUCAUCCUCAACAUGGUCCUUCAUACUCUCCCUGCAGUUACACAAAAAACACUGUCUUCCAUCCUCUAUAGAACGGUUAAUUCUUACCGUAAAGAUUUGAAACUCAGGGCAUUGUUAAAGUGUCCCCAUGAUGCCGUCCAUUGAAUUUCAGCUUCCUGCGAUUAAUUGGGGGUCAUAGGUGUGGUUUCAAAGGGUUAAAAAUGUUUACUCUUCCCAAAUGUUAUAUAUUUGUGACUGGGGAACACGGCAUGUUACAUUUGAAGUCAAUCGACCCAAAAGCAUUUUUGACCUCUUGCAGUUCUAGAAACUAAGAGAGCCUUGUUAUGAAUUCUUGAAUGAAUUCUGAAGAGGAUAUAUAUAUAUUUUUUUUAAUGUAUUGACUUGAAACUGUCUGUCUGUCUGUCUAACUGCCUCCCUGCCUGCCUGUCUGUCUGUCUGUCUGUUUGUCUGUCUGCGUGCCUGCCUAACUGCCUGCCUGUGUCUGUCUGUCUGCCUGUCUGUGUCUGUCGAAUUUCAGGAAGUGACUUAAUUGGGGGUCAAAGGGGCGGUUUCGAAGGAUUAAAACAGUUGAAUCUUUGCAGAUAGAUUGUAACUUCCAUCAAUGUAAUUGUCUGCAUCACUUCCAAUCCCCCAUGUGUGUAUAUAUAUAUAUAUAUAUAUAUAUAUAUAUAUAUAUAUAUAUAUAUAUAUAUAUAUAUAUAUACAUUCCUACAUACACAUAUACAAAUUGUACAUAUUUGUGACCGGGGGACCCGGCAUAUUACAUUUGAAGUCAAUCUACACAAAACCAUUUUUGACCUCCAUUGGACACAAUGGUCUUGCAGUUCUAGAACCUAAGAGCUUUGUUAUGAGGAGGAUAUUGGUCAAAACACACACACACACACACACACACACACACACACACACACUCACAGACAAUGCAAGACAAACACUUCAGUCUUGCACUGACGUCAAGGUCAGUUCCUCAGCGCUGACGCACACUUGUUUUAUAAACAAAUUGAUGUCUUACUGCUGCCUAUCUCAGGCACACAAACACACACACACACACACACACACACACACUCAUCUUAUUGAAACAACGCCUCAUUACUUUCUAUCUCUCUCACACACACACGUCAUACACAGACAAUGGCUUGACACCCCAUAAAACCUCAACAUUCCUACUGAUAAGCAUCACCUAGGAGACCAGCCUGUAAGGGAUGGGCUGUGUAAAAAGGAAAGGCGUCGAGACAUUAGUGACAUGGCCAGGGACAGGUCAAGCUGAACAGGCUCUAAUGCUAAUCUAAUCUCAUCUAAUCUUAGUUCUUAAUUUAUUGUUUUAUCUCUACCUGGCCCCUAUUUUUUACAUAUGUGAGCUCUAUCUAUGUCUUGUAUUUCUAUUCAAUGGAGAUUCUCCAUUGAAAGAGCUUUUAAGUUCAGGACUAGGCUUAAUCUGUGUCUGGGGAAACCAGCCUGUCAUGUGCUGUAGAAUAUGUUUAUAAAUUAGUGUGUGUGUGUGUGUGUGUGUGUGUGUGUCUAGCGGACCUGUUUGACAUCCUGCUGCCCAUGCUGAACAUCUACCAGGAGUUUGUGAGGAACCACCAGUACAGCCUGCAGGUGCUGACCAACUGUAAACAGAACCGAGACUUUGAUAAACUGCUGAAGCAGUAUGAGGCUAAUGCUGCCUGUGAGGGCAGGAUGCUGGAGACCUUCCUCACAUACCCCAUGUUUCAGGUAACACACACACACACACACAGGAACGCACACAUGCACGCACACACACAUGCACGCUCAUGCCAGCACGCAUGCAACGCACACAAACAACGCACACACCCACGCAAGCGCGCAUGCACACACUCACACAUGCACUCACACUAACUCAUACAUCCCCACAUACCACAUGUUCCAGGUAACGCACAUGCAUUCACACAUGCCUGCCUGCACGCACACACUCACGCACGCACUCAAACACACACAUACUUCCUCACAUACCACGUGUUCUAGGCACAGUACACACUCACCUAGCAAAUCUCUACCUGUAGAACCCUAUCUGAGGCCUUGCUCAUAAACGUUCAAGCCAUAAGAAAGUCCCAAUGAAAUACCUCACCCCUCUCCCAAUCACCCUCUCUCUUCUUUUCUUCCUCUAUAUGUUUCUCUCAGAUUCCUCGUUACAUCAUCACCCUGCAUGAGUUGCUGGCGCACACUCCGCACGAACAUGUGGAGCGCAAGAGUUUGGAGUUCGCCAAGUCCAAACUAGAGGAGCUAUCACGGUUUGUGUGUUUGUGUGUUUGUGUGUGUGUGUGUGUGUGUUUAUUUGUGGGUGUAUGAGUAAGAAUACCUCAAAACAUACACGUAUGAAUUAUCACCUCUUAGACAUUUCAUGUAGUAUAUCAUGUUUGUGUGUGUGUGUGUGUGUGUCCUUAGGGUGAUGCAUGAUGAGGUGAGUGAUACAGAGAACAUCCGUAAGAACCUGGCCAUCGAGAGGAUGAUUGUAGAGGGCUGUGAUAUACUACUGGACACCAGUCAGACCUUCGUCAGACAGGGUUAGUGUGCACAUACACACGUAUAUGCACACACACAUAAGAAUUCACUUACACACUCAUGCCACAAACCAUUGUUUAUGUAACAGUAUUUUUCAUGUCCAACUCAGUGGCCUUGUGGUUAGACUGUCCUCCCGGUGAUUGGAAGGUUGGGGUUCAAUCCCUGGUCGAGUCAUACCAAAGACUCUAAAAAUGGGACUUGAUACCUUUCUGCUUGGCAUUCAGCAUUAAGGAGAUUGAUUGUGGGUAAGGCCCUGCGAUAAACUAGCGUCCUGUCCAGGGUGUGUUUUUGUACAUCAAGCUGUCUCACGCUACAGAAACAGGAGAUGGGCAGUUCUGGCUUGGACAAGGCUUUUUUAUUUCUAUUUUUCUCUCACUCACCUCCCAUCUCUCUCCACACCUCUCCCCACUCUUCCUCUCUCUCAACACCUUCUCUUACUCCCUCUCCCUCCUCCCUCUCUCCCCCGUUGCCCUCCCCCGCCAGGUUCUCUGAUUCAGCUGCCGUCGGUGGAGAGGGGGAAGCUCAGUAAGGUGCGUCUGGGCUCUCUGUCUCUGAAGAAGGAAGGAGAGAGACAGUGCUUCCUGUUUACAAAACACUUUCUUAUCUGCACACGCAGCUCAGGAGGCAAGCUGCACCUGCUCAAGGUGAGCCACACACACACAUGCUCAUAUUUACUGGCUUUAAUUCCACACCCUUUUCCAGAAGUGUGCACUGUAUUGGAUUGGAUUUAAAAUCAUAUUGGUGGAGUGAGUUUCCACCAUUGUUAAAUCCAUGAGAGAAUAUGUGUAAGAGAACCUAGUGGAGAAUCGAGACCGAGUCAUAUUUUAAGCACACAACAAACCACACAAACAGUCAAUGACCUCGGACCUCUCUCUGCAGCAAGGUGGAGUCCUGUCUCUGAUAGAAUGUACCCUCAUAGAAGAAACAGAGACCAGCGACGACGACUGUGAGUAAAGUGUGUGUGUUAACCCACCCUAGUCCUUUAGAUUUAUGCAGUGACUCAGACAGGCUCAUUAAGUCUCCAUACAGGUUAAUUAGUGUCAAAAGAUAAGUGUCCACAAAUAAAGCUCUGGCCGACCCUCACAUCCUUUCAAAAAACAGCUAACAGCCUUCCCUUUAAAUGCCACUCAUGCUGAUCCUAUGACAUCAUUCACCCAUUAACCUCACAGAGGGCUCUUAUAGCUCACAGACUUCCAGGGAAGGACCUUUGAGUGACACAAACACCCACACACACACACACACACUACAGGGGUAAAUGAAGUGGACCAGCUUUUACCUUAUUCAUGUAUCAUCUUUAUCUCGUGUCACACCAAAAUACAUUGUCACCAUAGGUGACCCAUCCUUCUAAUUUUCUUUCUCCCUCUCCCCUUCCCUCUCUCUAGCGAAGUCCAGUGGUGGUCAGGUAUUCGGUCAGUUGGACUUUAAGCUGAUCAUCGAGCCAUCUGACUCUCCCUCCUUCACUGUAGUCUUGUUGGCUCCCUCACGACAGGAGAAAGCUGCCUGGACCAGCGACAUCAGCCAGGUAACUAACUCUCUCUCUCUCUUUCUUUUUUUCUUGGAAUAAAAACCGAAUAACAAAAAGUCCACAAACAGCACAGUGUUUCCCUCUGGGUUUCCCAUGAGGCUUAGCAGUGAGUAAACAGGGUGGUUGGUUCCCCAGGGGUCAAACUCUGGGUUGUGCUUGGCUCCUCCCCUUUAACCCAGUGUGCCCCCCUACAUACACACACACACACUGCACCUCAUCUGAGGCUUUGCUUGAUUCUAAAAAAAGAUUAGGUAAAAGGAAAAGCUUUAAUAAUAAUAUAGAUUUUUCUUUAGGGUUUUGAUACAUGUUAGUUAGAAUGUUGCUUUUAUAUCAGAUUAUGAGGCUUAGAUUGAUCUUUCGCUGCACUUACCUGCACUGACACUCUCCCCCUCCUCACUCUCCCCCUCCUCACUCUCCCUUUCCCUCUCUCUCUAGUGUAUCGAUAAUAUCCGCUGUAAUGGUUUGAUGACUAGCGUAUUCGAGGAGAACUCCAAAGUCACCGUGCCUCACAUGAUCAAGUAAGCGCCCCCACAUACACUUUAACACAUGUGUGUGUCUGUCAUACAUGCUUUUUCUCCAGUGUGUAUGGCUUAGUUCCAGCCCAGAACUAACAUACCUGAAUAUACCACUCACACUAUUAAUGAAUAGUUGAUCAGGUUUGUUAGUGCUGGGCUGAAACAAAAGCCUGCACCUCCUCCAGGCCCAGGAGUGAGGAACACUGCCGUAUUUAACACAGCUAUUGUAAAAGCCACUGCUUUUUUGACUGAACCUCCUUAGUUGGUGGUGUUGUUUAUUUAUUUUUUUAUGCAGAUUUCUUGGCUAUUUUCUUUGGACAUUUAAAGGCUAAGUAAGAAUUUUGUCCACAAAUGUACCGAAAGUUAUAUUAUAUGUAAAUAGUUUAUGAUUAGUGAAUUCCAUAAUGUGGUUAUUUUAUUAGAUGCUUCUCCCUAUUAGCUGAAAUCUUAUUUUUUCAAAGCCAUUUUAGCUGUCGCGCUAGCUGUUGGGUCUGAACAGAUUCACAAAUCAUGGGAAUUUGUCGCGCAAUGCAGAUGUUGACUCCAUCCGAGGGGUGUGUGGCUAGGCAACCCCCCUGCACUUGCCAGGGCCGGCCUGCCCCCUCUGUGGCUAAAGCCAGUGUGAAAAACAUGCUAGCAAACGUUUGUGCUAUGAAACAAAAUAAAUACUGCAUUCUGACCCACAAAAUUCCUUUGAUUGAUUGAUUUAUAGUGUUGUUAGACAAAGCAAGGAAAGUGAAUUUCAAAAUGUGAUGUAGUUGUAUUGGAAUUUGCAGCUGUUGUCGGUAAGUAAUUAAUCUGCUAGCUUCUGACAUGACUUACAGCAUCUUUAAGUGUUUAUCCAUGCUUAAAACUUCUGUGUGAGUAAUCCUAGCAACCCACUGAUUAGAUCACCAGUGCUUGCUUGUGUGUGUGUGUGUGUGUGUGUCCAUCAGAUCUGAUAUGCGCCUCCAUAAAGAUGAUGUUGACAUUUGCUUCAGCAAGACGCUCAACUCCUGCAAGGUCCCCCAGAUUCGCUACGCCAGCGUGGAGCGGCUGCUGGAAAGGCUGACGGACUUGCGCUUCCUCUCCAUCGACUUCCUCAACACCUUCCUCCACACCUACCGCAUCUUCACUACCGCUGCCGUGGUCAUGGAUAAACUGGCUGACAUCUACAAGAAACCUUUCACCUCUAUACCUGUCAGGUAAUACACAAGAGAGAGAAAACAUGCACACAUUCACGGACAAGCGUGCACAGACGCGAACACACAUACACACAUUUUCAUGUUACAGAGGGUUGAGUUUUCUCUAAACUCUCACCUCAUUAUUCCUCCUGUUAUUCUCUCUAGCCAGUUUUAUUGGUGUUUUGUGACUGCUAGCAAAACAGAUGCUUGAAAAAAAAAUCAUUUGGCAAAGACUUAUAUGUCAGACGGUGUUUUGUGUGUGUGUAUGCAUUUUCCUGCCCUGACCUAAUGACCCUUUCAACUGGAAAAGCUGUGCAUCUUUUCCUAUCCUUUUCAUGUGUCCAGAGCAGGUGUGUGUGGGCUAACUCCAGGCUAACUCCUGUAUGACCUCAUUACCAGAGAACAUAGACCAGAAAGAACAGCAGAAACCCACAAACACACACACCUACAGUAUAUAACAGGUUGUAGUGUGAAGUUGCUCCUAGACACUGAUCUUUUGUCAGUUUUGUAUUUUCCCCAAUAAUGGUUAAGGUUAGAAUUGGGGGAGGGGAAGCUGAUCCUAGAUCUGUACCUAGGGCACAGGAGGUUGUUGGCACCUUAAUUGGGGAGGACGGAUCUCGUGGUAAUGGCUGGAGCGGAAUCAGUGGAAUGGAUAUCAAAUACAUCAAACACAUGGUUUCCAUAUGUUUGAUUCCAUUCCAUUUGCGCCGUUACAGCCAUUAUUAUGAGCCUUCCUCCCCUCAGCAGCCUAAACUGACCUAGGGGGAAACUUCACCCUAGAGAAUAAUGACAGCAUUCACACGUACAGUUUUCAACAUGAAAAGGAUUUGGUCCUGUGAUCAUUGUCAAUUAUAUAUAAAUAAAUGUAGAUGUUGUCCACACCUUCACUCCUCUAUCCUCCACCUUUCCCAUCCACACCCCAUUACCUUCAUCCCCCCUCACCCAUCCCCUCUUCUCACCCCUUCAUCCCCUCCUAUCCUCACCCGAUCACCCCUCACCCAUACCCUCUUCUCACCCCUCCAUCCCCUCCUCUCAUCCUCACCCCAUCACCCCUCGCCCAUCCCCUUCUCUCACCCCUCCAUCCGUUAUACCCCUUUCCUCUCCAUCCCCCCUCCACAGGGUACAGUACCACUCAUUUGACCGCCUGUCCAUCACGUCCAUCUGUCCUGACUACAGCCUGAAGAUCAGGAAGAUAGCCCUGGAUCAGUCCAAGUAACACAACCUGCCUCUCUCUCCCCCCCUCUGCUUUAACCCUUGCUCUUUCUCUUUUUGUCCCUGGACCCGUCCAAGUACCUCUCUCUUUGCCUCUCACUUGUGUUCUCUCCUCUUCUCCCCUCUCUCUCGCUCUUUCUCAUCUUUCCUCACUUUAGCAUCUUUUCACUGCACCUUUUAGAGAAGACCCUGUCCGUGUCCUUCGCUCAACAUCUCUGUCCUUAGUUCUCUUUCUCCCUCCCUCUAGCAUCUUCCGUCUGUAAAAGACCACUGGGCUCUUUCUCACUCCCUCCUCUUGUCUUGCUAACCCUCUCUCUCUCUCUCGUUCUCUCUGUCACUUAGUGCUGAGCGAUUAACAGAAAUGUUGGUUGUCUUUUGGUUUUUAAACAACUUAUUGACUGACGUUGGUUCAAUUAUUUUGAUUCCACUUUGUUCAUUUUUUUCUGUGAGCUCAAUGUGUACAUUUCGCUGCAGUUUCUCUAGAGGUAAAUCAGAUCAUGCCCGAACUGUGCGAUGUAGCAGGGAGUUGUAGUUUCCAACAGGCCAAUGUUCUACAUAGUUUAGUGAAGAAAACGUGAUAAUUAACUACAAUAACAAUAAUCCAUUGUGCGCCUGCUUGUCCGGUCUGUGUUUCUUUUGCGCCUGCUACAUAAGAGACAGAAGAAUAUGCGAUCAAGAGGGGAUACAUAGAGAGCAGUUGCUUCUUGAGGUAUUGGUAUUCAGCAGUCUUAAAAGUAAGUAUGCCUUAUUUACUUUAAAGAACUACUAAAAUAAUGAUUUUGUCAGACAGCAUAGGUAGCAGCUCUAUAGAGAUGAGAUGACUUGGAAUGAAAUAAAAGACAUCAAAUAAAACAAAUGUAAUAUACACAACUGAAAUAUUUUAUUAAAGUAAAGUAAUGUGAAUAACGGAUGGUUAAUAAGUGAUAAGCAGUCAUGAGCAGUCACUGUCAUUAUGGGACUUUUUUUGUAUUUUUUAUUCUGUGUUGUUACAGCAUUCAACCCACAAAAUGCAUAGUGCAUUUCAUGUUUCAAAAAUCGACAAUCUUGAUUAUUUUUAAUAAUCGAACCGAAACCGACUUCAAAAAGCUCUAAUCGCUCAGCACUACUCUCACUCAUUUCUUCAACCUCUUUGCAUGGUCUUUCAUGUAACCUAUUUUCCCAUUUUCCACCCAGGCUGAGUUAUAGAUCUAUCUGUAGUUCUGAUGGUUCUGUUCACCCUGGCAUGAUGAUAAUAGCAUCUCCUGUCUCAAAACAGUCAAUGUAUUGAUGUAUGCUUUCCUCACAAUGACUCAAUGCAAAUGUCAACUCUCUCUCUCUCUCUCUCUCUCUCUCUCUCUCUCUCUCUCUCCUCUCUCUCUCUCAUCUCUCUCUCUCUAUCUCUCCUCUCUAUCUCUCUCUCUCUCUCUCUCUCUCUCUCUCUCUCUCUCUCUCUCUCUCUCUCUCAGGUCUUUGGAAUUGUUCUUUGCCACCAAUCAGAACAACCGAAGUGGUGAUCACACCAAUGACAAGUCCCCCCGUCUCUGCCGCAAGUUCUCCGGUCCUCCUCCUCUCUCCAUCUCCUCCCGCACCUCCUCUCCUGUCCGCACACGCAAACUCUCUCUGCAUUCCCCCAUCAGUGCUAGGGUGGGGGGGCUGGACCUUACUAACAUCAACUCUAUCCCCUCCUCCUUCUCUCAGUCCGCUGUCAGUAGUCCAACCUCAACCCAAACCCUGACAUUCCACACCCCUACCUCUCACCCCUCCACCCCCCAAAACUCUACCCCCCAAACCCCCACUACCACUUCUCCCCCUCCCACCUCCUCCUCGCCCCCUCCAGGCGGCAACAAGACCCCCCAAGAUCAGGCCCCCCUCCCCCCCUUUCUCCCCUUGUCCUACCCCGAACAGAGUCCCUCCCCCACUACAGAAGGGCAGGAGCUGCCUCGUGUUGACGCCUUCUGUGGAAAACUGAGACGCAGCAUCCGCAGAGGUAAGGGCUAUCUAAACACACACAUGCAGCACAGAUGCACACACUAA